AUGGAAAAGGUCACCAUGCUGAUAGUUGGUGCAGGCCCUGCUGGUCUUGCAACAUCUGCAUGCCUAAACCUUCUUUCCAUCCCCAAUAUUGUCUUAGAAAGAGAGGAUACUUACGCCUCCUUGUGGAAGAAAAGGGCUUACGAUCGACUGAAGUUACACCUCGCUAAGCAAUACUGCCAGCUUCCUCAGAUGCUCUUCGCUCCUGAUACACCCACAUUUGUCCCCAGGAGUAGCUUCAUUAGCUACUUGGACAACUAUGUUUCCCAAUUUAAUAUUAGUCCACGAUAUCAUAGGUCAGUUGAGUCUGCAUAUUUUGAUGAUAAGGAGGGUGGGAACUGGUGUGUCACAGUUAAAAAUCUUGCUCUGGAGGCGCAUGAAGUUUAUUUAGCCAAAUAUCUUGUAGUUGCUACCGGUGAGAAUAGCCAUGGGUCUAUCCCUGAUGUUCCUGGGCUUGAUAGCUUUACCGGAGAGUUCAUUCAUUCAAACCAGUUUGUUAAUGGCAAAAAGUAUAAAGAUAAAGAUGUUUUGGUCGUGGGUUCUGGAAAUUCUGGAAUGGAAAUCGCUUAUGACCUAUCAAAUUGGGGGGCUGAUACUUCCAUUGUUACUCGUAGUCCGGUCCAUGUUCUCACCAAGGAGAUGGUGCACCUAGGGAUGUACUUGUUGGAAAAUUCCCUCCCCUGCAAAUUAGUAGACUACAUAUCUGUGAUGCUUAGCAAAUUAAGGUAUGGAGACUUGUCCAAUUACGGGCUUGAAAGGCCAACAGAAGGUCCUUUUCAUAUAAAAGCAAGAAUUGGUCGAUCUCCUACCAUUGAUGUUGGGACAAUUGAUAAGAUCAAAAGAGGGGAGAUCAAGGUUUUGCCCACUAUAACAAGCAUCAAAGCUAACAAAAUCAUGUUUGCAAAUGGAUCCAUUGAUCAGUUUGAUGCUAUCAUCUUUGCCACUGGCUACAAAAGCACUGUCAGACGUUGGCUUAAGGGCGGCCAAGACCUCUUUAAUGAAAAUGGAAUGCCGAGUAGAGAUUUUCCCAACCACUGGCAAGGGGAAAAUGGCCUUUAUUGUGCUGGAUUUGCAAGCAGAGGAUUGCAUGGGAUUUCCAUGGACUCCCAGAACAUAGCGAAGGAUAUCAAUCUGGCGUUGAAUCAACAAAAAAAUUAA